AUGACCCUUUUGACUCCAGGUUCGGUCCUGUCGUCCUCCGGUUACCACCUCUGUACUCGUAAUGAGACGAGGCAGGUGACGUACCUGGUGGAGUACACGGUUCCCUACACUGUGACCAAACCCUGUGGUUGGAUUUUCUGGAGGACGUGUCGGGUCACGCUGUACAAACCCAUGCAGAAAACUGAGAACAAGACGAUGACGGAGCAGGUGAGGCGAUGCUGCGAUGACUACGUCCCGGUCGGCCAUUACUGCGCCCUGUCUGUAAACAGGAGUAGGGAGGUUACUGCCAAACCGGGAAACUGUCCAACUGAGCAUGGAUUCAGUCCCGGAUCUGAGCUCUGUGAGUGGGACGUCGACUGCCUGGGAUGGAAGAAAUGCUGCAGCUCCGUCUGCACACAUCCCACAAGUAUGAACUUUUCCAUCGAUGGACGACAUCGUUUCAAUGCAACAGUGACGGUGAAGACGGAUUAUCAGCAGAUGAUGCAGAAGGAUGAAGGCCUUUUAAACCACACCAGAUUAUUACACUCAAUGGUGACUGGAGCUCUGCAGGCCGCCGUCUCCGUCUACUACCUGGAUUCGUGGAGCGUUCAGCCCUUCACCACCACCACCUCCCUCCUGGUGGACUGCAGCUCCACCCUGUCGCUGCUGAACGUCACAUCUGAGCUGCAUCUGCUGCUCAAACACAUACAGGAAGUGUCGUCUGUAACCGUGGAAGAUAUAAAUGAGUGCGCCCACCCCCCCCUCCACCACUGCCCCCCCUAUGCAGACUGCACCAACACAGUGGGCUCCUUCAGAUGCACCUGCCCCCCGGGGUUCACCGACAGCGACCCCAGCGACGCCGGGGUCAACUGUACAGCUGACGGUGUGAGUUUAAACAUCACCGGAGCUCCCCCCCGUCCUCCCAUAAACACCACCAACGCUCCAGUUUCCAACAGCACACCAGACCCUGAAGAUGAAUCUGGAUCUGGAUUUGGAUCUGGUUCUGGUUCUGGCGUUUACACCACCGUGACCUUGGCCUCGGAGUCGACUCUGACCUCGACCACAUGUUCCCCGCCCACCAUCAGCAGCUUCAGGUCAUCCAACGUCACCGGGACGUCCUUCUGCAUCACCUGGUCCAGUUGGUCUCACGGAAACCAGACCUACCGCGUCGAGGUGUUGAAGGGGUCAGAGGUCAUUUAUCAGAACGACACAGGUCAGACCCUGGUGGCGGUGGGCGGGCUCAAACCUGGGGUUCUUUAUGACGUCACCAUUACGACGAUGGCGUGUGGAGGACAAGGAGACACCCACCACCUGUCAAUCAAAACUGAUGCUCAGACUCUGGACGCCACGGCUCGACUCACAAACGUCCAGUUCAGCGCAGACCUGCAGAACAGCAGCAGCCAGACCUACAAGAACCUGAGCCAGAGCAUCACACAGGAGAUCUACCAGUCUCUGUCCUUGGUGCUGAAGGCUCUAGUGGACUCGGGCCGGGUCAGAGUCGUGGUCACGGGCUUUUCUCCGGGCAGCGUCGUCGUCAACUUCAGCAUCGUCUUCACCCCGAGUCAAAGCCAAGACAUCGGUAACGUGUCGGAGGCUGUGAUGGACUCCCUGAAGAACAGCUCCAAGUACAGCGUGGACGAAAACAACACAAGCAUUAACGAUUUUGAUGAAUGUGCUUCAGGGCAAAACGACUGCUCCCAGUGGGCGACAUGUACCAACACCUGGGCCUCGUACAGCUGUGUAUGUAACCAAGGAUACGUGGAUAACAACCCAGACAGACCUGGACGAGCCUGUCAAGAAGUUGCUACGACAACAAUGGAGACGACCACACAACCCAUGACAAGCACAGUGUCCACAGUUAGCUUUGCCCCUUCCUCUGGAUCACACGUUAAUCCAAUGUUAAGUGAAUCUACCACAGUCGCAUCUCCACCUUCCACAACCACAACCCUGUCCACUUCUAUGGCUUCUACGAUUCCUACAACUACAGCCUCGACAACAACAACGACAACCAUAGCUACAACCUCAACCACCACCACAACUGCAACAAUGACCUCGGCUAUGACUUUAACAACCACUGACGAAACAACAACUGCAACUUCGACUACUGCUGCAUUGACAACCACUGACGAAACAACAACCACAACUUCGACUACUGCUGCAUUGACAACCACUGACGAAACAACAACCGCAACUUCGACUACUGCUGCAUUGACAACCACUGACGAAACCACAACUGCAACUUCGACUACUGCUGCAUUGACAACCACUGACGAAACCACAACCACAACUUCGACUACUGCUGCAUUGACAACCACUGACGAAACCACAACCACAACUUUGACUACUGCUGCAUUGACAACCACUGACGAAACAACAACCGCAACUUCGACUACUGCUGCAUUGACAACCACUGACGAAACCACAACCACAACUUUGACUACUGCUGCAUUGACAACCACUGACGAAACCACAACUUUGACUACUGCUGCAUUGACAACCACUGACGAAACAACAACCACAACUUUGACUACUGCUGCAUUGACAACCACUGACGAAACAACAACCACAACUUUGACUGCUGCUGCACUGACAACCACUACUGCUUCUCCAACAACCACAACUACAGCCCCGACAACCAAAACUCCAGCUUUGACCACCACCACAACUGCAAUAACGCCACCAACAACCACAUCUAUCGCCUCAACACCUACCACUACUGCCCCAACAACAACUCCAGGUUCUCCAACAACCACAACUACCACCACCACUCCUGUCACUCCAGACUCCCCAACGGCCCCUACCACAACCAUCUCUGUGACCUCGACAAACCCCGAUGCCUCAACAAUCACAACCACAACCUCUGCUACCCUGACAACCACUACCACCACCACCACAACCGCAACAAUGACCCCAACAACCGCAUCCACUACCGUAACACCGACCACCGUUACCGCCUCUGGACCUUCGUCACCCACCGUGGGAACCAUCCCCAACGUCUCAGCGUUACAGGCGAUCUCAGUGAAGUGCAGCGUCGCCGCCAUCACUGUAACCGUCGAAAAGAGUUUCCUGCAGAUCAGUCAGAUCAUGGAGAGCGCCCUCUACCUGGGACUGGAGGAAUGUGGGGUCAACUGGGAAAAUUCCAGUCAUGUCCAGCUGACAGUGGCGUGGAACGAGUGUGACGUUAUUCUGGUGCAUAAUGACAGUCACUACACGGCCUCUGUGACCCUGUUCAGCACCGGGACCUCCGACACCUCCGACCCCGGUCCGGUGGAGCGGAUCCGGCUUCAGGUUCCCAUCAUGUGCACGUACAUGAAGAGUGUGCUCAUCUCCUCCGACUUCGGCUCCAUGGGGUACGACAUGAUCGAGGACGUGAUCGCGGGCUCGGGUCUGUUCCAGGUGUCGGUCCAGCUGAUGAACGGGACGGCGCCGCUGCCCCAGAACCACAGCCUGUCCAGAGACGAGGCCGUGGUGCUGGUGGUCAGCCUCAACACCACGGCCGACCACGUCAAAGUCAUCAUCAGCAAGUGCUGGGCCACGCCCACCCCAAGCCCCUCCCUCCUCUACAGCCACACCUUCCUGGAGAACAGAUGUUCCCUGAACACUUUCACUAAAGUCUUGACCAAUGGGAACUCCAGUGUCUCCAGUGUUUCUGUCCAGAUCUUCUCCUUUGUCGACCUGAACAUGAUUUACCUUCACUGUCAGGUGGAAAUCUGUGUGGAAACUGGAUCCUCCUCCUGCGUUCCCGACUGUUUUCAGAGAACGACUCGCUCUGGAAAAACCAUCGCCAGAGCUUUUGCUUCUUCUGGACCUCUGCUCAGAUUGGACGAUGAGGCCCUGGAGGAGGGCUUCAACACCCUCCACAUCGUGGGUCUGUCCUGUCUGGGGGUCGGCCUGACGCUCCUCUUCAUCGUCGGCUUCGUCUGCCUCUUCUACUGUCAGAGGAACCGAAUCGGACACUACAACUUCAACAUCAAACCCAAGGAGGAGAACUUCACCUACCUUCACUUCAACACCUAG